AAAAACAAAAAUACGUCAUUUUGACAGAAAAUCACGCUGCUGUUGGUUGUUGUUGUGAUAGUGUCGUAAAGAUUUGUUGACCUUGCGUGACUAAAGAAGCCUAGCAUUAUUGGAAUACGUAGAUUUUGAUUCAGUUAAUUUCCUCAUUUGAAGCCAUACGACGGUGCUAUUCUCAAAUCGAUCAUGGAUUGGAGAAGUGCACUCGUCGCGUUCUCCUUGGUACUCUACGCUGAUGGAUUUUCAAAAUAUGGUCGUUCGUGUAAAGACAUCGGUUGUCUCAACAGUGAAGUUUGCGUGCUAGCCGAAGACCAAUGCUCGUUCGGUCAAACAUCCAAUUGUGGCACAUAUCCCACGUGCAAGAAGAAGUCACAAGUCGAAGGGCAUUCUGAGCCAGCUAAGCCAUCAGUGCCACUGCCCACGCCCAAACCCCAUGCGCCAUCGAACACCUUCGAUUCACCCCCUAGCUAUCCUGCACCUGCGCCGCCUCGCAACGAUAACCCAUACGGCGGUAGUUCUCCCUACGGCGGUCAUUCACAAGGGGGCGGAUCUCCAUACGGAGGAAAUAACUCCCCAUACGGGGGCAAUAAUCCUCCCUACGGGGGAAAUAAUUCUCCGUACGGGGGAAACAACUCUCCGUACGGCGGUAACAAUCCUUCGUACGGCGGUAGCAAUCCUCCGUACGGCGGUAGCAAUCCUCCGUACGGCGGUAAUAAUUCUCCUUACGGCGGCGGCAAUUCGCCCUACGGAGGCGGCAAUUCACCUUACGGAGGAACUGCAAAUGGAGGGCGGAACCCUUACGGAGGCAAUUCGCCAUAUGGCGGGUCGCGACCUUCUUCCGGUGGUAGCUUUGGAAGCGGCGGCGGCGGAGGCCCAUUGGACAGCAUCAUCAACACCCUGAACAAAUACGCCAACAAUGGCGGAGGAGGAUCCACUGGCCACACUGGCAGCACUGGCACGAACCAACCUGGCAGCAACGGCCUGUCCAACAUCUUCGGCAACAUCCUCAACGACCUAACCAAGAACGGAGGUUUGAACAAUUUAUUCAACUCACGCCCGAUUCAGGAAAAUCCUAACUAUGCGUCUCCGAAUUACAAUUCCAGGAGUUCUAAACCGCAGAAUUAUCCAUCAGGUCAGCCGAGCUAUCAGACGCCAACGCAAAACAAAAAUUAUGCGCAUCCCGGUGCGGCCACCACGCACAAACCAGUAUCCUAUGGCUGGAAUGUCGGUAUGACAGUGAUGUUGACAUACCUGAUUCGCCGAUAUAUUCAACACACAGUACAGAAUUGAGAUUAUUUAUAUUAGUUAUACGCUCACUCGUGGUUAAGAAGAUUAAAACAAACCAAUUCUUUAUUUAAAAACUUUUAUAUAAGAACAGUUAUUAAACGCAGACUAGAAACCCAACAAUUUACCUGUGAAAUUGUUAUUACUGUUAAAAUAAAAUUAAUUGUUACAAAGGAAUGUAAAGAAGAACAUUAAAUUUUGUUUUUAACAUAAAUGAUGUUUAUAAAUCUACCCUCACAUCAAUAUGAUUUAUAUCCUUAAAUAAUUGAAGUCUAUUAAAACAUGAAUAAACAUUUUAAGAUUUAAUGAAAUUUUAAAAAGACUAAUUAAACAAUACAUCAAUUAUACGCCAAGUACGAGUCAGACUCGCUACUAUAUCAAAUUCCCGCAAAUUGCUAAUGCGUCUUGCCACCGUUUUUGACAGUUUUAUAUCGCGUUAUUUAUUAACACUCAGUACCCUUAACAAUACAUUUCUUUUUAGUUAAAGAUAACUUUAAGCAGAUGUAAUAAAGACAAGGGGGGUCUAAAAAGGCGAUAUCGGAUAAACCCUCUAAAAUGGGUUACAUUAUUAAAUUGUUCAAUUCGUCAUUAUUGCAUUUUUAAACUUUUAAGUGGCGACUUGGCGACUUUCACAUUCUUAGGCAAAUCUGUAAAAUUACACAUUUAAUGUUUCAUAAAAUAUCUUGUCUUUUAAUAUUUGAAUUCUAAGAACAAUAUAUAAUGAAACAUGCAAUCUCGCCUAUUUAGAUCCCGCGCAUUAUCGAUUUGCGAGGAUUAUACAUUUAAUACUAGGUUGAGCAAAAAUCAUCGAUAAGAUAAAAUAUAAACCACUGAUAUACAGACAGACAGAGGAGACUAACAUACGAACUUAGUGGGGUUCCGUCGUCUAUCAUCAUUUGGGUAACGGAACCCUAAAAAGCAUAUUGACUGCAAGUAGUAUGCAUAAACACACACAAGUAUAGAAAAGAACAAACAUAUAGAUUUUUUGUGGCCAUAUUAACACGUGUAAGUUUCAAUCACAAACUAAGCCAAUUCUUUUACUUUUAACUACUUAGUAGUAAUAAUUUCUAAUAAUCUUAUCAAAAACGCAUAUGCAUAUUAUGUAACAUGCAUUGGGGGCUUGGCUAGGCUAAUUGAAAACCCCUACGAUACAUUAUAUAUUAAAGCUCAUGCCUCGAGGAUCUUCAAUAGACUUUUUUUAUUAUUUUUUAAAAUAAUCCCCGCGACAUUCAAAAAUAUUAAAAAGUUGAUGCAAGAAAUUUAACCUUUAAAUUCAAUAUUUUCUGAUUAUAUAAUGUUAUUAAUAAAAAUUUAAAUAUACAUAUUAUAUUUAAAAGAUACGUCCUUAUAAAUAAGUCAGAAACAAGAUCAAACCAGCAUGAGUGUUAUUAUAUAUUAUUCUUUUACAAAAAAAAUAGUCGUCGUCUGAACCAGAUCGAACCCAUGCCUUGUUACAAAAAUGAUUAAGCCAAACAAAUAUUUUGUUAAAAUGCGGUGUAUUUUUUGUCCCUUGAUAUUCUAAAAAAUAAACUCUCAUAUAACUUUUGUCUUGGGCCGUCUACCAAACCUUCAUACAAAUUCGGUACAUCUCCUAUAAUGAUUUUGAUUAAUAUUAUACAAUUAUUAAUAUAAAAUUUUCACCUCGUUAUGAAAUAAAUAAACAUCUUUCAUCAACACCAUAUAAAAAAAUCAUUAAAAUGUGAGCAGUAAAAAAAUAUGUAUUCAAUAUUUUUUAUAUCAUCCUUUCUUGGGCAAAGUGAUAAAUAAAAUCUCAACAUAAUACUUGAGAAAUGUGAACUAAGUCUUUAGAAAAAGUAAAGGAAGUCUUUUAGGGGUAUGAGGUUGUUUAUAUCUCUGAUUUUUAUGAAAAGUUGUUUAUGUAAACGUUAUCUCUUAAAAAUUAUCUAAACGCUCACGAGACGUCAAUUAAAUGUAAUGAGUGUCAAUUUAAUGUUUUGUCUUGUUCUUUUGCUAGCGUAAAGAAAGGGACAGCAUCAUAUUUAAAAUUUAAUUGAUGCCUCUGAGUGUGACCGCAAAACCUGUAAUAGAAACUCGAAAAUUUACACUAUACUUAACAAUGAGCCUAACGAUAAAUAAUAAUCAUCUGAUUGAGCAUAAUCUCAGUCUACAGGUCUAAUUUAUAAAACCAAUAAUCCAAUUACAAAGGACUAACUAAUAACUGCUUCUACAAACUUUGAACAUUUCAAUAAGUCUUACACCAAAUAAAAUGAAUCGCUCUUAUGAAGGUGGUAUAUUAUUAAUAUUAAUGUCCUCAAAAAAAACAUGAUUGAGUGAAUAAAAUUGCUCUAAAAAUAAAUAAUCAUAUUGAUUAUGGUAUAUCAUUUUAAAGUCAUGUCGUGCACCUCCUACAGAUUAAAAUUAUUGCCUACCAACUUUAGAAAUAAGGCAGUUUUUUAAUGAAGUAUAUUUUUUGUCUGCCUUUUCUAAAAGUUUCAUGCAUUUCACUAAUAAUAUUUACUGCUAUUCCAAAUUUUAUUCGAUUUUCUUCGAGGAGGCUUCUUCAACAGACUUUUUAGAACGACUAGUCUUGUUUAAUUGAUUCAAUACCAGUCCCAAUAUUAAGAAGGCUAGCCAGACUCCGUACCAAUAAUGGUACAUUGAUGUGUAAUAUAUCCAAAUGCGGUCGAAUGUCAAGAGGAGGAAUGCAGCUGCUUGGUAAGAUUCCGAAUGUGAUCUCAGGAACCACAUGACGAUGCUCAUUAUUUUCUUUUU